AUGUCUUCGCAGGGCGACAUGGACGCUGCAUCGAUCAGUGGCUCGGAGGGUGAAGGCUGGUUGACUGUCGUCGAUGAGAAGGGUACCAAGGUGUCAGUCGCCUACGAAAGGGUAAUCGCGAUACUGUCCGACAAGGCCUCUUCCGCAAACACAGAGAGUUCUAUCCGAACAGUCCUGUGUGUCAAGCCGGACAAGGAUGGACUGGAGGCACUCACCUCUGGCGCUCUGGAUCAGUUAAAGGUCUCGCUCCAGCCGACUGAACAAUGCCACUGGUAUAGAGAUGGAGCAGUUGAGGGUGUUGAACGCCAUGUUGUUGUCUCUACUGGCUCAGGCACUGGUACCGCUUCAACAGUCUGGCAGAACCUGGUCCAACCGUUGCUCGCUCGUCUGAGCGUGAGAGAGAACGAACAUUACCACCUCAAUUUCACGACCUCUGGAGGAAGCGUCGCCGAAUUUGCACGGAUGGUCUUGCUCCCUAAAGCCAACCAAGGUGUAGCUCUGGCCGUGCUGCUCUUGAGCGGUGAUGGCGGCAUAGUAGACAUUGUCAACAGCUUGCUUUCUGAAGACCGAUCAGCGGCAUACGAAAACCCAACGAUGAGUCUUCUUCCGCUUGGUACAGGAAAUGCUCUAGCCCACAGCUCAGGCAUCACAGGCGAUGCCACUCUUGGACUGAGGGCUAUGCUGCAAGGCACGCCAAAAGCAUUGCCAUUGUUCCGCGCGACUUUCUCUCCAGGGACGAAGCUGCUCGUGAAUGAAGGGCAGCAGGAGCAGCAUCUCCACAGCAUUGUCGGCGGCAAUCCUGUCGCACACGGAGCGGUCGUAUGCUCUUGGGGCCACCACGCAAGCCUAGUUGCAGACAGCGACACUACGGACUAUCGCAAGUUCGGCUCUAAACGCUUCCAAAUGGCUGCAAAGGAGGCGCUCUUCCCUGCUGACGGCUCGCCACCUCACGCCUACAAAGGUCGUGUCUCGGUCCGUCGACCAGGCCAAGCAGGCUGGGAAGACAUACCACCGAGUAAACAUGGAUAUGUCCUUGCAACUUUUGCUAGUCAACUCGAGGCCGGCUUCACUAUUAGUCCGCAGUCUAAACCACUGGAUGGGAAGCUGAGGCUGAUACACUUUGGUGAUCUUGGAGGUCAGGAAGCCAUGGAUGUGAUGACCAAAGCUUUUCAAGGCGGCAAGCACGUUGAGGAUGACAGAGUCCGGUAUGAGGUUAUCGAUAGGCUCAGUAUUGAGUUUCAAGAAGAGGACGCGAGGUGGAGACGGGUCUGCAUUGAUGGCAAGAUCAUCCGUGUUGAGAAAGGUGGAUGGGUUGAAGUAAGCACUGAUGUUGACAGUGUUGUGGAUUUGGUUUGCACGGAGUCGUGA